UGUUUCAUUUAGUUUUGACGUUACAUAGUUUAUGAAAGGGCUUAGAAUAGGACCACAAUGUUACAUUUGUAGAUGUCUUUAACUGAUGUUUUUGAUAAGAGUGCCAACUUUUAUGAUAUUUUCUUUUCUACCAACGGUAAAGAUAGAAAAGAAUGAAAAAGUGGUUGAAAGUUACUUUUUUUUUUAUUUUUUUUUUAAUGGGUAACGGAAAUGAUGAAUUGACGUCUUCAAAAGUUUAAAUGUAAUUAAUAUUGGUGUGUUCUUUUUGUGUAUAUAUGAAAAUGAAUAAAUAAAAAAUGAUCUCAACGGGAAGAUUGAUAGCGACACACGUGAGUAACUUUAGAUUCUAGUCUCUCUGAAAGAGGAAACGAUAGCAUUUUAGAUGAUAAUUACAAAGUCAGAAACGUUCUCCUGUGAAUCUUUUUCUCUUGUUUCUUUAACCUUUUAAUCUCUUACCUUAUGUUCCUAAAUAGUUUGAUUACUGAGUGAUUAAAUCUCUAGAUAGUUUAUGUAACUACUAAUGGUUGCAAUUUUCUGGUUUGUUUUUAAACAAGAAAAAGCUUCGUGGUAUGUGAAAAUUGGGUAGGCUAAGUGUCACUUAAAAUGGAGCGCCUAGUUUCCAUAAGUCAAAUUUGGUAUUUUAUUUUCUUCGAUUGUUUGUCACAUUUCCACCAAAAUAAAUAAAACCUUAGAAACAAGAACUAGAUAAGCAAUACUAGUCCACUUGCUGACAAAAAAAAGAAAAGGAAUUGUCUAAAUAAACAAGAACAGUCCGAGAUAUAAUACCCACUAAUCAAUCACCAUUGAUUCAGUUAUGUAUCAUUGAAACACAACUUAACUGUGUAUAAUUGGCUUUUUUCCUUCAUAACAAAAAGAAAACUAAUUACGCAUGAUUUUAUUUUUGAAUAUAACAUGAAAAAUCUUUUUUUCUAUAACAUGAAAUUAUUAUAUUAAGUAUUUUGCUUUUUUAUAUAAGGUUACAAUAUUAUUAGUUAUUCUGAGAUCCAAAUACCAGAAAACGUGUUAAUUCUUUUUCUAAUAAUUAACAAAAAGAGAGAAGAAGGAAAAAAAGAAUUGAACAUCAUGUUGCAGUCUAUAAAUACAUCUCUCACGUCCGCAAACACACAAAACAAAAUAGUCUCUCUUCUCUCAAACGACUACAAAAAAAAAUGACGUCAUCCAACAGUUCUUCAUCACCAACAUCAUCGUCUUCGGACCAAUCUGAUGUAACUACAACAACAAGCACCCACUUGUCCGAAACUUCACCGAAAAACAACAAAAGAAAGAGAAGCAAUGAUUCUUCUUCUUCUUCUUGUUCCUCUUCUUCAAAGCUUAAGCAUCCUGUUUACAGAGGUGUACGGAUGAGAAGCUGGGGCAAAUGGGUCUCCGAGAUCCGACAGCCUCGCAAAAAGACUAGAAUCUGGCUCGGUACAUUCGCCACCGCAGACAUGGCGGCGCGUGCUCACGACGUCGCUGCUCUCGCCAUCAAAGGCUCCUCCGCCGUCAUCAACUUCCCGGAGCUAGCCUCUGUCCUCCCUCGUCCGGCGUCAUCUUCGCCGCAUGAUAUCCAAGCAGCAGCUGCGGAAGCCGCCGCCAUGGUGGUCGACGGAAAAUUGUCAGAGUCUGCUAAAACAGAGAUGAAGGAAGCACCACCGUCGCCGGAAUCUUCGGAGUCUAAGGAGGAGGAGAGGUUGGAGGAGAUUGUGGAGCUGCCUAACAUUGAAGAGGGGAGUUAUGACAUGAGCGUGAAGUCACGCUCCGACCUGGAUUAUUCUGAGCCGUUGGAUUGUUGGGUGUAUCCUCCUCCGGUUAUGGAUCUUUAUGAAGAGUUCUUGGAGUUCGACUUCUUGGAGUUAUGGAGCUUUCCUCACACGGAACUGAUUAAUCCUUAAUUAGGUUUAAUUAAUAAGUUGCAUUCAUGUAUUGAUGUGUUGUUUUUAUUUGUACGGAUACGUAGUAUAGGAACUGUAGUGGUAGUAUAUGUUGUAACAUACGGUACCAAGGCUAGAAUAUACAACUAUUGUAAAAUGAAAUUAUAUUUGUACUUAUCAUACAAUUAUUGUAACUUGGUAAAUCAAAGCUAUCGUUAUGCAAUGUUCUUGUGUUUGUGAAUGGAACAAAGCAAACAUUUUUUUUAU